AUGCCGGUGCCGGUACGGCGAAUGAGUGAGAGUUCUAUCUAUGCAACUGAGGAGGAUGAAGAUGAUGCAGGAAGGAAGAUAGAGUUGGGUCCUCAGUACACACUGAAGGAACAAUUUGAGAAGGAUAACGAUGAUGAGAGCUUGAGGAGAUGGAAGGAACAGCUUCUUGGGAGUGUAGACUUCAAUUCUGUUGGAGAAACUCUAGAGCCAGAAGUUAAGAUCCUGAGCCUCGCCAUUAAGUCCCCUGGAAGAGGUGAUAUCUUUCUUCCCAUUCCCCAGAAUGGUAACCCAAAGGGCUUGUGGUUUACUCUGAAAGAAGGAAGCCGUUACAGCCUGAAGUUCACUUUUCAGGUCAGCAAUAACAUUGUUUCAGGUUUCAAAUACACCAACACUGUGUGGAAAACUGGUAUAAAGGUGGACAGCGCAAAAGAGAUGCUUGGAACCUUCAGUCCUCAGGCAGAGCCUUACACACAUGAGAUGCCUGAAGAGACUACACCAUCUGGCAUAUUUGGCAGAGGAUCCUACUCAGCUAGAAGUAAGUUUGUUGAUGACGAAAACAAGUGCUACUUGGAGAUCAAUUACACAUUUGAUAUCCGUAAGGAUUGGCAGUCGGCUUAGACUGGGAAGUCUCCCUUCGGUGUUACUGUUUUUGUCACCUGUUAAUUGUUUUCUAAGCAGAAAUCUGCUUCAGUGUUGACAUGUCUCAUUUCCAGUAUCGUAUUUAUUUUCAAUCCUGUCUGAGAUCAGCACCUAAACAAUGAAGAGAGUA